AAUCAACACUAAAAAGGAUCCAACUUUUUGUAAAGAAUCUCUGACAACUUGCUAUCUAGAUUCCCACCUUGCACACUAAUUCCAAAAGUUUCCCAUAAAGCCAUACACCCAAAUCUGGAAAGAAACUCAACAUGACCGCAUGAUUUUAUUUUUGCCCAGACCAUUCUAUAAACACACACUCUCUCUCUGGGCACUUCAAUUUUAUUCAAUUUUUAUUUUCCAAUUUCAAAGAUUUUAUAAUAGUUUUUUUUCUCAAGUUUUCAACUAAAGACGGUGGGAGAAAGGUAUUAAAGUACGUGGGAAGAGUGUACAAACUGAAACCUCAUCUAUAUCAAUCUCUCACUACAAGUAUUUGAUCAAGAGUUGAUUCUGGGUUUCAGGUCUGAAAUUGGGGCUUGGAAUCUCAGUCUCAAAUCUCUAAAUCAAUUUAUCAUUACAAGGGUUUGAUUGGGAGUGUUCAGGUCUGAAAAUUAGGGCUUGAAAUCUCAAUCUCAAAUCUCUAAAUCAAAUUAUCAUUGCAAGGGUUUUGAUUGGGAAUUGAUUCUGAGUUUCAGCUUUAGAUUGAUUAAAAUUUCCAAUCUUUGGCUGGCAAAUUGAGAAAAAUGGCUGGAGGGAGUGAAGAGGAUCCAUACACAAAACCCAUUGGAAGAUGGGCUGUGUUCUUCUAUGGCGUUGGACAUAUGCUUAAUGACAUCACUGCUUCUUGUUGGUUCACUUACCUCCUCCUCUUCUUGACCCAAAUCGGUCUCUCCCCAAGAGAUGCAGCCAUUGUUAUGCUCUCUGGCCAAGUUGCUGAUGGGUUUGCUACUAUCUUCACUGGUGAACUGAUAGAUAGGUUUGGGCAUUUCAAGAUCUGGCAUGCUGCAGGAUCAGUACUUGUUGCAAUCUCAUUCUCCUCUGUUUUUGGAGGUUGUCUGCCUUGUUCCAUCCUCCAUAACGACUCUUUAUCACUAGAAACUUUCUCCUAUAGCAUGUUUGCAGCUAUCUUUAACAUAGGAUGGGCUGCUACUCAGGUUUCCCACAUGGCAAUGGUUAAUUGCAUCUCGUUGAACUCAACAAGCAGAGUAGCUUUAACAAGCUGCCGCAAUGCCUUUACUAUGGUUGCUAAUCUUAGCUUAUAUGCGAUUGCUUUAGUAGUCUUCGGUGUUAUCAAGGCUGGUUCAAAAGAAAACACCGAAACACAGUAUCGCUGGAUUGCAUACUCAUCCAUCACAGUAGGAUGCUGUUUUGUGGUCAUAUUCCUUAUGGGAACAAAGGAGCCAAGGCUGAGGAUGGACUUGAAAGAAACUAGCCGCCGAGUGAGAAUACCGUGGGUCUAUUGGUUCAAGAAGCUUCUCUACUAUCAAGUCGCUAUGGUUUACCUCCUCACUCGAUUAGUAUUGAAUGUCUCUCAGGCUUAUCUUGCAUUCUUCGUUAUUGAUGACUUGCAAAUGGAUCAGUCCGCUAAAGCAUUGGUUCCUGCAAUAAUCUAUAUUGGCAGCUUUGUUGUUUCGGUCCUGCUUCAGGAGAUACCGUGGAAUGGGAGACGGUUAAAGGCUUAUUACUCGGCUGGUGGUAUCAUUUGGAUGUUCUGUGGUGCAGCUAUACUUCUAUUGCCUAGAGACAUUAGUUCUUUCAUGUAUGCAAUAUCAGUCUUCAUAGGCAUCGCAAAUGCAUUAAUGAUGGUUACAGCAAUCAGUGUGCAGAGCGUGUUGGUUGGUGCAGAAGUAGGUGGAUGCGCAUUUGUAUGUGGUUCCUUGAGCUUCUUAGACAAAAUGUCUUGUGGAAUUGCUCUGUAUGUUCUACAAUCACACCAAAGUACGUCACCAAGAAUCCAACUAAACAACGGCCAACAAAGUGUUUACUUUUCGGUUACAAGAUACGGUUUAGGCCUUGUUCCAGCUUUAUGCUCGUUUGUUGGUGUUGUUGUGACAUUCUUUAUGGAGCUUGAAGCUGCUGGGUCACUAUCCAAGCCCCUGCUUGAUGAGCCGUUACUUGAAUGACGGUUUCUUGAACAUGUUUGAUUUCAAGUCCACUAAUCUUUAUUACUACAUAUGGGAGUGUCCAGAUUCUUUAGAUGAUGACUUUGUACAGUAAGGAUAGAUCACACUGUGACAGUAAUUUACUUGUAUCUAAAGAAAUGUGGAUCUAAUAAAUCUGGGAUUUCAGGUUUGAUUGAUUGCUUUUUCUUUUUGAUUUGUCUUGGGUUUUUGGUUUACUUUGUGUGUAAAAGUGACAAAAUAGUGUGUCACUGUUGUGUACUAUAUGCAAGAUGCAAACAUGAUUUGGAAA